GCUGCCUCUGAUUCUCGAAGUAGAUGAUUGUAUUUAAAAAAAAAAAAAAAUCAUCACCAUCCUCAUCAUCAUUGCGGAGCGAUGUUCACUUUUGUGACGCAAGGGGGCGCUGAUCCCAGCUUGCCACGCCAGUGCCCGAGAGUACGUGACAGCUCUCAGGUCUACAAUGAACGCCGGCGAGCGGCGGGGGAAGGAGGAAGACCAGCGAGACUAUCCCAAAAUUAGGAAGGAGAAAGAAGAGCGGUUUGCAUCGCAUUUACUGUCAUUCCAGGACGCCUCCCGCCCUCCGCUCCUGCCCCGUUCCACCCAUUUCUCCUCUGGCCAUGGCCGUCCGCCGCGGAGGCUCGCGCUAAAUCCUCCUAGGCAUGUCCUUUGUGACUUAAGGGGAUUCACCGCAAGACAGAUGGAAAGCAGGAACAUUAGCUCCUUUUUCUGAGCACAUCUGGCAGCAACUCAAGAGAGACCCAAUUUUGCCAAAAUAAAAAGUACCAAAGACAGACCUACCAAUGAAGUGUGAAAAUUGCACCAAAAAGGAAUGUAGUAAAAAACAGAAGAAUGAUGAUCCACAAAAUGCAAUAGCUGAUGUUCUCAAUUCAAAUGAUGAAAACAAGGAGAAAAGUGAAUUCCAUAAGUUGGCUAAUGCUAAAAUAUUCCUUAGUGACUGCCUAGCAUGUGACAGUUGCAUUACAGCAGAAGAAGCAGUCAAAGUUUACCAGCAGAAUCCCAAUGAGUUGUUCCGUGUACUGAACCUUAAUAAGAAGUGUGAUACCUCAAAACACAAAGUAUUGGUAGUGUCUAUAUGUCCCCAGUCCUUGCCUUAUUUUGCUGCUAAAUUCAAUCUCUCAGUAACAGAAGCAGCUAGGAGGCUUUGUGGCUUCCUCAAAAGUCUUGGAGUGCAUUAUGUCUUUGACACCACAAUAGCUGCUGAUUUUAGCCUUCUGGAGAGCCAGAAGGAAUUUGUGCAACGGUACCGCCAACAGAAUCAGGAAGAACAUGUUUUGCCAAUGUUGUCUUCUGCCUGUCCAGGCUGGAUCCAGUAUGCAGAGAGAGUCCUGCCCAGCAUGGUAAUCCCACAUAUUUGCACUGCAAAGUCACCCCAGCAGAUCAUGGGUUCCCUGGUGAAGAAUUAUUUUGCCAGGCAACAGAAUCUAUCCCCUGACAAAAUUUUCCAUAUCAUGGUGGCCCCUUGCUAUGACAAGAAGUUAGAAGCAUUACGAGAAGACUUUUAUACCCAUUUGUAUAACUCUCAAGAUGUAGAUUGCGUUUUGACAUCAGGUGAAGUCUUCCAAAUGAUGGAACAAAGAAAAAUAUCAUUGAAAGAAAUAAGUGAGGUCUCCUUUGAUACCUUGUUGGGUGGCAUAAAAGAAGAACUAAAUCGGCGUGAUGGAAGAUCAGAUGGCUACCUGGAGCACAUAUUUAAACAUGCUGCCAAGGAGCUAUUUAAUACUGAAGUGAAGGAGCUCACCUACAAAAUAUUAAAAAACAAAGACUUCCAGGAGGUGACCCUAGAAAAGGAUGGCGAGACAGUGCUGCGUUUUGCGGCGGCCUAUGGCUUUCGAAAUAUCCAGAAUAUGAUUCUAAAGUUGAAAAAGGGGAAAUGUUCCUACCAUUUUGUUGAAGUUUUAGCCUGUCCUGGAGGUUGUUUAAAUGGAAAUGGCCAGGCACAGACUGAAGACGGGAAACCCGAUAAAGCCCUGCUCAAGCAGAUGGAGGAUGUAUAUGCCACAGUUCCUGUUCAGAUUCCUGAAACCAACGGGCAUGUGCAGAAGCUUUAUCAGGAAUGGCUAGAAGGGAUGGAGUCCAGCAAAGCCCAGGAAUCUUUGCAUACUAAAUACAACAUGGAAAAACCAACUGCCAACAGUUUUGAUAUCAAAUGGUGACCCAUCUGAUUAUAAAACUUGGAUCAGGGUUGAUGGACCUGCAGCAUUGUCACAACUAUGCUAUGCAACUGAGAUCGGAGACACAACCAUGUAAAGCAUGCUCAGAACUAGAACUGCAUUUGUUUCCUCAUUGGGGUUAUGCAGAAUCAAAAUGCAGCUGGUCUCAGUGUAAAUGUGGUGCAUCUUUCUUUAAUGAAAACUCUAGCCCAAUCAUCAAUAUACCUGUUAAGAUAUAUUGGAACGAAAAUCAGGGCCUGCUACAAAGUGCUUCAAUGCUGACCUCUUCGGUACUUAAGGCCUAUGUGCCAAGAAUCUAAUACCAUGAAUGUGCUCAGAAUGAUCUCAGAUUAAAAUUUAUCACUUAUUUAAGACUUCAUAUUAUUACCAAACAUAGUAAGAUGCCAAAUAUGAUAAAAAACCACCUACUACUAAUGUGUCUGUAAUGUCAGGCCUAUUUUCUUAGUUAUGGCAAAAAGAAUGUCUGAGUUUACACUAGUCUAAGAGAACAGUAGGAACGUUGUCCUCUGCUAGAAAUGAAUGUUCAUUUGGUCAGCUUUAUUUAACUCCAUGGGGAACAGGGAGUUUGCUUCUUCUUACUGGCAUUGAUUUCUUCUUGAGAAUAUUGGUAUCCUGGUCCUUAAGACAACCGGGUAAAAUCCUUGAAGUUCAAAACUAUAUUUGGGAGAUCUGUAUCAUCAGCAACAGUGCUGGGUGAAUUAGUAAAUCCUGAGUAGGCAAAGAGUACUGUAAAUGCAGAUACGAUCAUUAAAUCAAAUGGGCAAAGGUCAAGCUAGAAUAGGCAGACAUGAUAAAGCCAGAAUAUUUGAAAGAAAGGGCUGACCUGAUUUAAGUAGAUGUACUAUAAUUCUUGCCUAAUGCUCAUGUUUUAAGAAAAGAUGGUUCAGUGACUUCUUCCUAGAAACGCUAAUUAGUUUUUAGGAUUUUCUGAGAUUUGUUAAAUUUUAAUUGUGAUAGCAGAGUCCAUGCAGAUCAGUCACUGAUAAUCUGUCUAAAGAAGGUAGAUAUGAAGAGAGAUGCCUUAAUAUGUGGUGAAAGUUGUAGUUCUAUUCAUCACUUAUGGAUGUUUCCAUUCACAACUAGACACUGUGUACAAGCAGGCAAAACCUGAACAUUCAUUUUACUCUGGCAUCACCCUGCCAAUGUCAUUGGGAUAAAUUAACACUUGAGCAGAAUUGCUAAAAGGAGAACAAUAAUAAGACUUCUUUCCAUUGAACAUAUGCUGAAUAUGUAAAUACUGUUUAUUAGCAUGUGAGGUCACACCCUCAAAGUUUAUGCAGCACUUGGCCAAUAAGAUUGCUUUCCCUGGGAGAUGGGCCCAGUAAAUCCAGAAUUUUUUUAAGCAGACAUUAUAAGUUUAUAUUUUAAGAGCUGCAUAUACAAUACUGAGAUGCAAUUUCAAGUACAUGCUCAGUGAAAGGAAUGAUCAGCAGUUCUUAUGCUCUAACGCAGUGUUUCCCAAACUCGACAAUUUUAAGGCAUGUGGACUUCAACUCCCAGAAUUCCACAGCCAGCAUUGCUGGCUGUGGAAUUCUGGGAGUUGAAGUCCUCAUGCCUUAAAAUUGUCGAGUUUGGGAAACACUGCUCUAACGUUGUAAUGUGAGUCCAUUUUCCCCUAUUCUGAAUCACACCUCUCAAACAAAUAUACAAAGAUACCCUCUUGAAUGCUUUGCUCAGGAAGAAAAAAAGUGCUACAAAGAUUGAUGAAUCUUCUGUUUCAUUUCUGUUGUUCUUUUGUUUUGUCAGAUUUUUGAAACUGCUGCCUUUGGCCUGUCCUAUGUUUUCUUUUUCAUUAGAUGUUCUUACCUUAACACGGGUAAGCUUGGGUGCGAUUUCGCUGAGAAUCCCAAAUUCUUGGAUGUUCUUAAAUUACCAGUUUAUAAAUUCAUAAAAUUGGGAUAUUAUGAAUUUUAUUUGUCCAUUAUGAAAAUGUAACCUUGAGAUGUAGAGGGUUUAGUGGUUCAGUGGUAUCUCAGUUCCAACAAAGGCAUUAGAUUUUUACCCAGGACUAGAGACACAGAAAAUCAAGCAAUCAUAAAGUGAUUUGCUUUUUGGCAUAGAGAUAAUGGGAAGAAGAGGUGCAUUUUAUGUACCAUACAUAUGAAUUGGGCUCUAAAACUGCAUGUCUAGAUUCAUAAUAUCCUUGUAACAAGAAAACAGUAACAAAAUGAAUACCAUACUAAAAUUUAUCAGUAUGGAGGAAAGGAAUUCAAAAUAGCCGAAGUAUAGGUAGGCAUAGUGCUACAUUAAAAUAAAAAAGGACAUUUUUAUGCUACUUUUUCACAGCAUUUGGUGUUCAAGUAUAUCAGCCCAUUAAGGUAUCAAAUAUGGGCCAGCACACUACACACUUAGAUUCCUUUUUAUCACAAGAACAUUCUUCUGGGGGUGAAAUACUGAUUUUUUCUAAGAAUACCUUCAACACUAUCAGUUAUGCAAUUGAAAAGAAUUUUGGAUGAAUGUGCCCAAGGUUGCCUAAAUUUCUGAAGCAAGGCAAAAGCAUAGAAGCACAGUUUUUAAUAACUUUAAGUUAUGGUGGCAAUGUAAUUUAUUUCAAUUGGGGGUGGGGGAAUUGUUCAUUGAGUUGCCCUGGACAUUUGAUUUCCCCCCCCCCUCCAAUUCUGGCUUUUUUACUCCGUUCUAAUGUGUCUGUAUAUACAAAUGGACCACAUCUUACAUUAAAUACUAGGGCUUAUGCACUCUGACAAUAAUUCAGAAGAAACUUUUGAAAAUCUACCAUUUCUAGUAUUCAUUAAAGUAGCCAUAUCACUAAUGCAUAAGACUAAAAAUUUGUGGGUCUUUAAUAGUCAAUAGUUUAAUUCAUCUUUUUGCAGACUCAUAGAAACCUGAAUAAAGACAGGCUGCUUUAAUGAACAGUGGAGAGGUGCUACAUUCAUGGCAUGUCUUCUGGAUCAUUUUCAAAGCAUAUGCAGCCCUUAUUAUAUAAUUUAACUUGAUGUUAUACAUAUUUUAACAGCUUGUAAUGUAUGUGCAUGAUAGGCUUUGAAAAAUACGGAUAUCAGUGAAAGAUUUUUAAAUAAAAAGGCCCAGUGUUCAAAA